AUGUCCCUCGUCUCGCCAUCAUCUUCUCUGUUUUAUGAGGCCAGGCUGGAUGGAGACAGCGCCGCAACAGAACAGCCGACAAACGAGCCGACCAUAACCAGCCCGGGCGAUGGACGUGCGCUUGAUGAGAAGGGGCGGCUAAGCCACCGUUUUGCUAAGCUGCUGUUGAUGAACGUCGGAAUGUUUGCGGGCUACGAGGUGGUGUUCCGUGUCGACGUAGCGGCUUGUCCGCGGAUUUCUGCAACGGCCAAGCACGUGAACAACGUCGAUGGACUGGCGCAGACAAGGCCCAAGGCCGACGGAACCGCUAUGCGGCAACAAAUGGGCUUCCUUCCAAAAAUCCGUUCGCCUACGUUCCUUUCCCAGGGCAAGAUCGACCAGCCAGCACCGGAACUGGAGGAGAUGUAUUGCAGUCUACUCAAGGUGGUCUUGACUCUGUAUCUUGUAAAGAGAGAGCUGGGAUCCAGACUUGAGCUGCGAGAGCGGCCCAGAUUUGGGGCCACCGAAGUAGAACGUGUCAGGAUUCGGGAGUCCCAGGACUGA